UGGAUGCUUUGUUCUUGAAGUUUCAUUAUUUUUGUUUUUAUAGUUGCUUGUUCUGAGUUUUCUUCAUUUAAGUCUUGGAUAUUUCAGUGCAGAUCUGCAAGUAGCUGAGGAUAGCAACGGAAUUCAGUGUAGAUCCAGCUCUGUAAAAAGAUGGUUCUUGAUCAUGGGGAAUGCUUGAGUACAAAGAAGGAUUCUUGGAAGACUGUGCUGCUGUUAGCUUAUCAGAGUCUUGGUGUGGUCUACGGGGACUUGAGCAUUUCCCCUCUGUAUGUUUACAAGAGCACAUUUGCAGAAGAUAUUCAUCAUUCAGAGACAAAUGAAGAGAUUUUUGGCGUGCUUUCUUUUGUCUUCUGGACUUUAACACUUGUUCCUUUGUUCAAGUAUGUCUUCGUGGUUCUUCGAGCAGAUGACAAUGGAGAAGGUGGCACUUUUGCUCUGUAUUCUUUGAUAUGUAGGCAUGCUAAAGUAAGCCUUCUACCCAACAGACAGAUUGCAGAUGAAGCGCUGUCUACUUACAAACUGGAAUCUCCUGAAACCAAAAGCCACUCAAGGGUGAAACUUUUGCUUGAGAAGCACAAGUCAUUACACACAGCUUUGCUAGUCCUAGUUCUGCUUGGUACUUGUAUGGUAAUUGGAGAUGGAGUGCUCACUCCAUCCAUUUCUGUUUUCUCAGCAGUGUCAGGCCUUGAGUUAUCAAUGUCAAAGGAACACCACCAGUAUGCAGUGGUUCCAAUCACUUGCUUCAUAUUAGUAUGUCUAUUUGCUCUGCAACACUAUGGCACACAUCGGGUUGGAUUCUUUUUUGCACCAGUUGUAUUGACUUGGCUACUUUGCAUUAGUGCCCUUGGCUUAUACAACAUAUUCCAUUGGAACCCACACGUUUACCAAGCUCUUUCCCCAUAUUACAUGUACAAGUUCUUGAAGAAGACAAGGAAAGGUGGCUGGAUGUCUCUGGGUGGGAUUUUAUUGUGCAUAACAGGCUCAGAGGCAAUGUUUGCUGAUCUUGGUCAUUUCACAUACACUGCAAUCCAGAUUGCUUUCACUUUUAUGGUUUACCCCGCUCUGAUUUUAGCGUAUAUGGGUCAAGCUGCUUACUUGUCAAGGCAUCACAAUAUUAACACCAGCUAUCAGAUUGGAUUUUACAUCUCAGUUCCAGAAAGUGUAAGGUGGCCAGUGGUUAUAGUAGCCAUUCUUGCUUCUGUGGUGGGAAGCCAAGCAAUCAUCAGCGGGACAUUCUCUAUCAUCAACCAGAGCCAGUCACUGUCCUGCUUCCCAAGAGUGAAGGUUGUUCACACCUCUGACAAGAUACAUGGCCAGAUAUACAUCCCUGAGAUCAACUGGAUUCUCAUGAUCCUCUGCAAUGCUGUCACCAUUGGAUUUAGAGACACAAAGCACAUAGGAAAUGCUUCAGGUUUGGCAGUUAUGGCAGUAAUGCUAGUGACCACAUGCCUUACCUCUCUGGUGAUUGUACUCUGUUGGCACAAACCCCCUGUUAUAGCUCUUGCAUUCCUACUCCUCUUUGGCUCCAUUGAAGCCCUCUACUUUUCAGCUUCCCUUAUGAAGUUCCUUGAAGGAGCCUGGCUUCCUAUCCUCCUGGCUUUAAUCCUCAUGACAGUUAUGUUUGUUUGGCAUUACGCCACAAUCAAGAAAUAUGAGUUUGAUCUUCAUAACAAGGUUUCCUUAGAGUGGCUCCUAGCCCUGGGUCCCAGCUUGGGCAUAACUCGAGUCCCUGGCAUCGGCCUAGUGUACACUGACCUCAUUUCGGGGAUCCCUGCAAACUUCUCCCACUUUGUCACCAACCUCCCUGCCUUCCACCGCAUUCUUGUCUUUGUGUGUGUCAAGUCUGUGACUGUACCUUAUGUGCCCCAAGCAGAGCGUUAUCUAGUGGGUCGUGUAGGUCCUCCAGCUCAUAGGUCCUACAGGUGCAUCGUUCGUUAUGGAUACAAAGACGUUCACCAGGACAUUGAUUCAUUUGAAUCUGAGCUCAUAGAUAGGUUGGCUGAUUUCAUCCGCUACAAUGGUUAUCAGACCAAUGUGACUAAUUCAUUUUUGGAAGACGAAGGAACAAGUUCUAAUGACUCAACCAGAGAAUGUAGUUUCACAGUUAUUAAAACUGUGGCAUUCUCGGGCCAACCAGCAUAUGAGAUGGAUGAAAGUGUGCACCCAGAAAGCGUAUCUGUCGAGUUUCAAACAUUAGAGAGUGCAACAGAUGUGAUAGAGAUGGAGCCCGUGGGUGUAGUUGAGAAAAGGGUAAGGUUUCUUGUUGAGGAUGAUUCUGAAGCAGAUUCCCACUCUGAGAUGGAUAUGCAUGUACAGGAAGAGCUGGAAGAGUUGUGGGCAGCUAAACAAGCAGGGACAGCAUUCAUACUUGGGCACUCGCAUGUAAAAGCAAAGCAAGGAUCAUCGCUGCUGAAGAGAGCAGCAAUUGACCUAGGAUACAAUUUUCUGAGAAGGAAUUGCCGAGGACCAGAUGUGGUGCUCAAGGUUCCACCAGCUUCACUCCUCAAGGUUGGCAUGGUAUACAUCGUGUGAGCUGCGCCUGUAUCCUGUUGGGUAAUUUUGCAGCUUUGAGAUACCACAGUUCUACCAAAAAAAAAAAAGACCGAGUC